GGCGAUGAGUUUCCCCGUUAUGAAUUUAGGGACACCCUCUAGAGUAUGUUCUUUUUACGAGUCCCAUGGAGGGUUAACACCAUUGCUGUAUGAAACGUUUCUUUUUUACUGUCAUUGCUUGAUACCUCGGUGGUGAGCAUGGUAUUCACUUUCAUGCAGAAACUCGUUCGUUUUCAUACAAUUGCCAACGUGAAGUGAACAAGCGACGGAGGUAGAGAAACAUGUCGACUGCCAGUAAAAAUGAGAGAGACGAGGUAUAAUUUUAUUUGAUAGGGGUAAUUAAUUUUGUAUAUUUGAGGAUACAUUGUAAUAUUUAAUAAAAGCAGUAACAUCGAAAACAUUUUGCAACUAAGUUGAAGGUUACUUCAAGAUCAAAACUAGACCUUUAAGGUAUGAAGAAUAAAUUACAACAAACAGAAUUAGACUUUUGUUACCAAAUACAUAUAAAUCAUAACACACGAACCUUUCUAUAAUUGAAUAAAUGCGUUUAACUGGAAGAGAAAGACCUGAAUAAGUGACAUUGAACUGUCACAUAAAUAAAGCGGUUGUGUUUUCUUUACAAGUUUCUUCCGCUCUUCAGUAAUUGAGGAAGUUUUGGUACAAAGCUAGUUGUUGUUACAAUUGUCUCGUGUUAUUAUCUCUUGUUGAUUUCAUUGAUGUAGCAACUGCUCAUUCAUUUUAUUCGUUUCUUUCAUAACGUAUAAUUGUUUCAUAACGUAUAAUUUGUUUCAUAACUUAUAAUUUGUUUCAUAACGUAUAAUUUCAUCUAGCACAAAAAGAAAAAAACAAAAAAGAGGCUUCCGUGGAUGGAAUUUCAAUUGUUAGGGUUUUUACAGGCAACUUGUAUUUGUGUUCAAAGGAAUUUGAAAAAUAAAUCAAAGCUCGUUAGUGAAUUGAGACUGAUACGCUACAUUUAUCCGUAUGUUUUCCGACCGACAUUAGUAAAAUAUUACACUACAUCAUACGAUUGUUAGACUUCAGAAAACAUUUUACAAACUUACUCAUGGCUAAAACUGGUGAUGUCUCAAAUAUCGAUCCAAGCAAUGACUUGGCAAAUUGGAUGUCCCAGUUACCGGCUUCUUGUCAUGACUUACCGCUAAAUAGUUUGGCGAUCCCAGGUUCUCAUGACUCAUUUAGUUCUAAGUUAAAAGAAGGAGAAAUUGCUCCUGAUUGCACUGAACUAAUUAGAUUAGCUGAGAAAUUGUUUGGAAAAGCUGCAGAUAAAGUAAUUAUGAGAUGGUCUACUACACAGAAUCUGGACUUAGGUGAGCAACUUGAAAAAGGGAUCCGCUAUUUUGAUCUGAGGGUAGCUUACAAUGAUUCUUGCAAUGAUUUUCAGUUUGUUCAUGGCAUAUAUGGACCAAAAAUAGAUUGCUGUAUGCAAGAGAUCAAUUCAUUCUUGGAGAAACAUCAGAAAGAGCUGGUAAUUCUGGAUUUUAACCAUUUUUAUAAUGUAAAUCCAGAAAAUCACAAAAGGCUGCUUUCAAUGUUGUCUGAUAUAUUUGGAAAGAAAAUGUGUCCAUUUAUUGGAGCUGCUAACUUGACACUUAAUGUUGCCUGGGAGGUCAAUCUUCAGGUAGUUAUCUGCUAUCAUCAUAAUCUUGCUACUCAACAACCAAUAUUCUGGCCUGGAAAUGCUGUACAACACCUCUGGGCAAACACUGAUCAACUUCCAAAACUGAUCAGUGCAUUUGAGGAGGAAUACCAUAAAGGACGUCCAAGUGAUUGUUUUUUCAACUGGCAAGGUACUCUAACACCAACAGUAACUACUGUUCUUCAACAUCUUGACGGUAGCUUGAAAACUACAUUGGCUGAGAAAGCAACAUCUGCCAUUACAAAGUGGGUUGCAGACAAAUCUCCGUGUUGCAAGGGCUUAAACAUCAUAUCUGUAGAUUUUAUGCAAUUGUAUGACUUUGUACAUGUAAUUGUAGAAAUGAAUCAUGACAUUCAAUAAUUUAUGUGUAUACAUCUAUUUGUUCAUCAACAAUAAAUAUUUUAUUUUUGUUACCAU